AUGGCUUCUACAAGCGAAAGAAAUUCUGCAGUGAGAACUCAGGAUAGGUUUUGCCCUGAAGGUGGAGCCUGCAAGCAUGGAUUCCUCAUCAAAUCACCACCUCCUCAACUUUUCGGCUCACAGAAUUCCUGGAAAAGGCGUUUUUUCAUCCUGUCCAAAUCCAGCAAGGGCAAUUAUAUCCUGAAGUAUCUAAAAGGCCAGAACAUAAAAGGCUCCAUAGCUGUUGAUCAAAUCAUAAAUAUUGAAGUUGGCAUAAGCAAUCCUGAAAUUAUGGAAACGGUGAGGAAGAUGUUUAAAUGCCUUCCUGAACAGGUGAUGUCCAUCAGUACUGGAAACAGAUGUUACUACCUCAUUGGGAGCAGCAGGCAGGAAACAGAGGACUGGGUCACUGCAAUAUCUUCAGUCUGCAAGGAGGUCAAAAGAGGCGGAUGCUGCCCUCAGAACCAAGAUCUUCCAAAUCCAGAAGUCAGAAGCCGGCCCUCCUCUUUGCCACUAUUCUUGAAUUCUGCAGAUACAACCAGUUUCCUGGAAGGGCAAAGUUACCGGAAGGAGAAUGGUCCCUCGGAAGACAAGAACAGGCCUAAUUCAGAUCCUGGCCUUCAUCAGGCUCGGUGUGACUCACCAAGAGGAGUUUUUGCAAGCCUGCAAGAAAAAAAUCUUGGAAAAAGUGACGAAAAUCUGCUGUUGCCAGAUACAGAUGAAGACAUCAAAAAGGACGAAGAUGACUAUUACCAAACUCCCAGCAGUAUUUUAGCAAAGUGCACUACUGAAGUAGCAAAGCCUGACCCUACAGCUGAGUCUGAUGUCGCUGUGCAAGAGAAGCCAGUGCAGAAGAACCCAGUAAAGGAGAACAUUUAUAUGUCAAUGAAAUCACUUAGGUUGCUGGAUGACAGUUGCCAGCUCAUGUGCAGAUGUGAUGGGUUCCUGUCUCUUCCCAAACUCCAAGACAACAGUGCACGUCCAAGAGACUUGGAAGCAAACACAGACCUACAACUCCCAGAAAGCAGCAUCAGCCAGCAGCCAACCCUUCAGAGAAGGCAAAAUUCAUUACCACUUUCAGUGAUUCAGUUGUCUAUACUGCUCAGUCAAGUUACAGAUAAGACCCAGCUGCAGAAUUUGGAUAUUUUUGUCCCCCUGGCUGAUAUUAAGAAUUACCUAAAACUUACCGAAGCAGCAGGACAAAUAUGUGUCUCACAGUGGACUGGUCCUUGCCGACUGGGAUGUUUGUUUAAUCACGGAGACCACAUCGUGGCUGUGAAUGAUCUGCAACCCCAGGAUGCGGAGGAGGCUUACUUCUUCAUCAGCAGGUCCACAAGAAAAGAGGUGAAACUUACUGUACGUAGGAUUCCACAUUCGGAUAUCUUCCAUGUUAAAGGUUGCUCAUGUUCCUGA